AUGGCAAAUCGUCAAAGCAAACCAUGACGAUAUAGGUCAUUUUGCGGUUGAUAAAACGUUAGAGAAAAUUAAGCAACGGUAUUGGUUUCCCAGAAUGAGGCAUUUCAUAACAAAAUACAUAAAUGCAUGUUUACCUUGUUUAUAUCAUAAAGAUAAAGGGGGCAAAAGACCCGGGUACCUUCACUCCAUCCCAAAGUAUGCUAGACCACACCACACACUACAUAUAGAUCAUUUAGGACCUUUUGUGAACACAAAACAGGGAAACAAGUAUUUAAUAGUUGUUGUUGAUGGCUUUUCGAAAUUUGUGUAUUUAAAAGCAGUUCCUGAUACAUCUGCAAAAUAAGUAAUUCAAAUGUUAACUGAAAUGUUCGCGAUGCUCGGUAACCCAAGACGACUCAUCACGGAUCUUGGAUCUGCGUUUACUUCAAAGGCCUUCGAGGAAUUUGUUGCUGCAAGAGGGAUACGGUUAUUUACAACAGCUGUUGGUCUCCCAAGAGGCAAUGACGUUCGGGACGAACGUGACGUCAGGAUGGCCGUGCAGUCCCACUCUAUGUCUGUCGCUGCUGACCGGCAGAUCGACGGUGGCUGGGGAAAGAUGACACGACGCCAAGACGCCAAUGCUCUCAACCGAUUCAACGCAGCGCAAUAAGACGUUAUAUUUGUUUGUUACUUAAGAUUGUUGGAAUAUAUAUUUAUUACUGCAAGUAGUAUUGAUCGACUAGCGG